CCGGCGCGGAGCCGUUGCUGUCAGUUGGCAACUGAAAUAUCAAUAUUGGAUAACAAAAUUUUGUGAAAGUGCAAAUUUCUACAUUUCUUUACGGAUUUCUUAAUAAAUGAAAGGACGCGUCUAGUAAUUGUUUUUUCUGUAACGGUUGGUACUGGUACGUAGGAGUCAUUUCGUUACCAUUUCAAAUUGACUAAUUGCCUACUGUAGAGGAAAAUUGGAAGUUUACGAUGGACACAACUUCCGCAUCAGUCACAUUACAACAGGAGCAUGAACAACCAUAUGUAUCAUGCAUCAAGGUUGAUGGACUUUCAAUAUUGCCUCCAUUGAUGAGUGACAAUAAGAGAGCUGAGAUGCGUUAUUUUCGCCAACUCGCUAUUGAAAGGGAACAAGCUCGGCAACUUGCGAGACGAUUGAUGAGUGUACAAACUACAAAAACGGAAACUCCAUUACCACAUCGAAUGUAUCUGACUUCUACUCCAAACGCAUACAUGAUAAUGAAGUCCAAGGAAAUUGGUCAAGAUGUGCGCCAUGACCAAGAUAGUGAUGACAGCGACGACGAUGAUGAUAAUGAUAAAGGUGGAAACUUUGCCUCAGUUGGUUCUAGUACGGGGACAUUCAUCAUCAAUAAUAACGUCCAACAAGGGGAUGAAGCUACUGCCAAAUCUGAAAGUGAAGUAGAGGACUUAGAAGAAGAGGAGGACGAAUGCAGUGCACAACAGAAUAAUCAAUUAAAAUUAGAACAACAGCCAGUUUCUGCAAGAGGUCUGCUCGAUACCACGAGCCUUGUUUCCGUAAAAAGGAAACGUCCAGCUCGAUAUUUUGAUAACAACGUGGACGAUGAUGAAGGAGAUUUUACUGUUGCAGAAAGUGAGGAGAAAGAAAAUCUUUCUGUUGUAAAAACCACUAUGAAUAUUUCAUCCGAGGAUGACAAUACGUGCACGUUUCAAACGUCAAGCACCAGUCUCUCAAAAUACAUAUCCUCUUGUACGCCUACAUUUACACCAACGCCUAUACUUAACGUUGAACUCCCGUGCACAGUUCCUGUUGUCGAAUUUGUUGCAGAUGCAAAUGCAACGGUAAACGUCAGUUCCACCUUCACCAUUAACACCAACUUUGCUCAAGCUGCUCUAUCAGUGACUCCUCCACGUAAACGAGGGAUUAGACGAUCCUCAGUCUCAAAAUCUAGGAAAUCGUUGUCCUUUACAUCCAUCUCUCCUACUCUACUAACCCCUAUUAAAAGUGGAACAACGAGGGUUACAGACCCUGAUUUCGAGUUUAUACUGACAACAGAAAUCCCUGAAUCCGCUGCAAAUAGUGCAUCAAAGUCUCACAGAGAUGAAGAUGAAACUUCCUGCCCAUCGGAUUCUAGUGACAAAGAGAACCACAGCUCAGAAAUGGAUGUUAAGAAACAUGUUCGAAAAUUGUCUUAUACGCUUUUGACUCCAAGUGCAGCCCUUUUAGCAGCGUCUGGAAUGGAGGCUUUACCUGUGAUUAAUUCAGCUACAAGUUCCGUGGUAAUUUCCUCCUCAGCACAAUCAACUCCAAUGAAAGGAGAUAAAGAAUGGGAAAGGUUGGAAACAAGGACAGAUUCCCCUGAAGUCCAGAUUGCUGUCUCACAACUGCAACAGUUAAAUCUUGGAAAAGGGAAAAAGGCUCAUCUUGAAAGAUAUCUCGGAGAAGUAGAAGCAGAUGGUAAUAAACAGACUACUACUGCAACAAAUUUUGAAGAUAAUAAUAAGAAAGCCCACCAUGAAGAUGUUAUUUCACAAAUUGAAAUUCAACAUCAUAAACAACUCGAGCAAUUAAUGGCUGCUUAUAAACAACAAGCACAAAAAAUUCGCGAAGAUUUUGAAAAAGAGAAACAAAAGAUUCUAUUGGAACUUGCUCCUCCUCCUUCUUCACCCACUCCCACUCCUUCAAUCAAGCCACCUCAAAAUCUGAAUUCAGAGCCUUCUUCAACGGAUCAAACAAUAAAAUUAUUGCCCUCUACCCCUUCUUCUUCUAUUUUGAUGGACACUUCAAAUCUUCGAAAUUACUACAUUACAAAUUCAGUGGACAGCCACAUGCGUAUGAAAGAGUCUCAUUCGGCACCUGUUAGUUCUGCAGAUAUCGAGAUAUCUUCCAUGUUGUCUCGGACCGUAAUUUCAUCUGAAGGUGGAUGGAUGCAUCAUGACCCUGCACAAAGUCCAACUAUUAGCUCACGGGGAGGAAACGUGUCUAACGCAGUUGGACUUUCGAAAUUCCAAAGCAAAAUGCAGAAAAUAAACCCCUCUCUUUUGAAACACCCUGGAGAUGUUCGAUCCCCUCUGCUCAAAGGCCUUGUAUUUCCCGACCCAUUAGAUCGGUCUUCGGUCGUCUUGAAAAUUCCACCACAGGCACAUGAUCCUGCAAUGAAAUUAAAGUUUGACAAGCUCACUGCUGGGGUGAAAGGCUAUCUCACCAGACGACUUUUGCAAACCGAGAAGAUACAAAUUAUCAUUCAAACAAUUCGAGACACAGUAGAAUUGCUGCUAAAUUUGUACGAAGAGAAUCCACCUAAUAAUCAAGGUCUAAUUGAAAUUAAGGAGCUAGACCAAGUUUUGCACCAUGGUCUAAUACAGCAGUUGACCGGUGCGUGCUCCUCAUUCAAUGACAUUUUCUUCAAAAUAUCCAUCAAGGAAAGAAUGGCAAUUAUUGCAAAUGACCGAGAAAAAAUUCGGGCUAAAGCUUUAAGGAAUGUAUUGAGUCGUCGUAGUGGAAUAUCCCCUUCUAAACGUAAUAUUUCAAGUGCUACACUCAAAAGUUUUGAGCGCCGGCAAUCCCAAAGUAAAUCUCCAAGCAAGAAAGCCAAUCAAAUAAUAUCGACUGCUCGUUUUCAAAGGCCAAGUUUGAAACCAAUGCUUCCACCCUUGGGAUCUCAAACUGUUAAACCAAACGGAGUCAAGAGUUACAAUGUUAGCCCUAAACGCCGUCGGAUGAGUUUUAUGGGUGGUGGUGGUGAUAAGCAUAGAACUACUCGAGCAUCAUCUACGAAAAAUGGAAAUGUGAACCAACGAGGCGGACCGCAUUCUGCAAUAGCGUCUAAUCGUAACAAAAAUAUUGCCGAAGGUAGUACAGAUACGUUCCUAGUUCCUUCGAGUACUUCAAGUAUGAAUCAAUGGCGCUACAGUCAAGCCCCUACUUCAAAAUCAGUUAAAUCGUCCAAUCGGCCUUCUAUGACCAGAGUUAGUGUCGGGAUGUCUAGUUCUUCUACGAGUUAUAAUCGCUCCACAAUCCGAACUGAAAAUUCUAUUACUCGUGUUCCAUGGAAGAAAUGAUGCCCCGCCUCUCUCCCAAACGACCAAAAUCUCUUACAUAUCCAUUUUUGAACUCAUGCUAUUUUUUAUUUAAGUCCUAUCAACCUUUAUCAAUCGAACUCAUUAAAAUGAAUGAUUUUAUGCAUUUUUGCUAAUUUUAUACGACCUGCUUAUUUUGAUAUCUGAUUUAAACUAUGCGACCGAUAGCAGCGUAUGCAUUACAUAAUCAUGUAGUAAUUAAUAUUUUGUUGACCAAUAUAUUUAAAUAAAUUAAGAUAUACAGCAAA